CGGUGGGGCCUCGUUCCGGUGUGUCGGGGCGCGGCGGGGCCGGGAGCGGAGCAUGGCGGGGGCUACCACCAUCGAGGCUGUGAAGCGCAAGAUCCAGGUGCUGCAGCAGCAGGCGGAUGACGCCGAGGAACGGGCCGACCGCCUGCAGCGGGAGGUGGAGGCCGAGCGCCGCAACCGCGAGCAGGCUGAGGCAGAAGUGGCAUCUCUGAACCGCCGUAUCCAGCUGGUAGAGGAGGAGUUAGACCGAGCCCAGGAGCGCCUUGCCACAGCUCUGCAGAAGCUGGAAGAGGCAGAGAAGGCUGCAGAUGAAAGUGAAAGAGGCAUGAAAGUAAUUGAAAACAGAGCUCUGAAGGAUGAAGAGAAGAUGGAGCUGCAGGAGAUCCAGCUCAAGGAAGCCAAGCACAUUGCAGAGGAGGCAGACAGGAAGUAUGAGGAGGUUGCUCGAAAGCUGGUGAUCAUAGAAGGAGAUCUAGAGCGUACUGAAGAGAGAGCUGAGCUUGCAGAGUCUAAAUGUUCCGAGCUGGAGGAAGAGCUGAAGAAUGUCACCAACAAUCUCAAGUCUCUUGAGGCUCAGGCUGAGAAGUACUCCCAAAAAGAGGAUAAAUACGAAGAAGAGAUCAAGAUCCUGACUGAUAAACUCAAAGAGGCAGAGACCCGUGCUGAAUUUGCUGAGCGGUCUGUAGCGAAGCUGGAGAAGACCAUUGAUGAUUUGGAAGAUGAGCUCUAUGCCCAGAAACUGAAGUACAAAGCAAUUAGUGAGGAGCUGGACCACGCCUUGAAUGACAUGACUUCCAUAGCCCGAAGAGCCCUUCGUGAGCAGAGUCCUGAUGAACUGGGACAUCUCCCAUGGUUUCCUCAGCCUGUCUGUGCCGUGUCCCAGCGAGUGGAUGUCCUCAGUGAUCAGGGUGGGCUCACCUUUGGAGUUAAGCCUACCUAGAGUGCUGCUUACUGAUCUGAGCUCUCCUCCUGGCUUAAGGAACAUAUAAGCUGAAAUCCACCAAAGAGGAGCAUCUCUGCACGCAAAGAAUGCUGGACCAGACCCUGCUAGACCUGAACGAGAUGUAAUGGAUCCCCACCACUGCCUCUGCCACGCCAUGCCCGCGCUGGCCCAGCUGCUGCUGGCCUCUAACCCUUGGGACCAGAGUUUGCUUCCUGUUGCUAACUUGACCAAACGCAGCUCUUCUCCCUUGCCUCGGGGUUAAAGGCCAUCAUCAGGUUGGGCAGAGCUUCAAACAACGUUAUUAAGGGAAACGAGCAAUGCAAUAAUGUUUGGGAGCAUGUUUUGAGAUGUACACAUUUUGUAAGUACCUUUUCUUUUUUGUAGUAACCAGUGUGAACAUUCCGAGUAACCAGUGAGGCUGCUGAGCUGCACUCAAAGCUCUUGGCUUUACAAUUGGGUAUUAACCUUCUGUUAACCAGCUCUGGGUCGUCCUGCCUUGGCUGGGGAGGGAGUUGGGGGCGGCUCAUGGUUCCGACUGUGGGCCACCUGAUGGGAGCAGCUGGGAUAGUGAUGUGAGCCCAUUGGGAAAAAUUCCUUUCCAGGAGCCUGUUUGCCAAAAGAGCAGUUCAGUUUCUCAGCUUUAAGGUAACUUGCGGAGAAGCAACCUGGGUAGAAGGAGACUUCUAAAACCAGGCAGUUCCCUGGCCAGUUGAACCUUCACAGGGGUUGUUUCUCUUCCCCCUCACUGUUGGCCAUUUCUUUUCCCCUUGAAGAAGCCAUGGCCCCUCUAACCCAUUGCUACACAGGAGCUGAAUUUGCCUUCACUGAGUGCUGACCCACCAAGCUUUAGCACUCAGUGCUGGCUUGCACUCAACAGCUUAAGUACAACAGCCUUGUUCGCUUGGGGAAGCUUUUUUUGCCUGCCCCAAGGGAAGGGAUCGAGGCCUUCUCCCCUGGCCAGGAGUGCUCUUAGUGUCUUAAUAAGGUACAAGCCAUCUUGCUGUGCAUUGCUGACGUGUCGCUGUGAGGUGUGAGUGUGGAGACGUGUCAGGCUCACAGUGUGUCGCUUCUUGUGUGAGCAUGCUGCCUGGUUGUAGCCGGUUUAGGGGCCAAGCCGGAGCAAGGAACCUUAUCAAGUGUUUUGAUACUAAAUGGAACAAUUGUCUUACCGUCUUUUGAAAUAAACCCCCUCCCUCCA